ACUACUUUCAAGAUAAAAAAAAAUUGUUUACGUUUUCUUCUCAGCCAACCUUUCACUUUAUUUUGAAAUAUUUUUCAACAUUUUUCUAUUUUCCUAUCAUGACAUCGUCAAGUGAGAGUGACGAAGCCUUAAAUGUAUGGAGUAAAUUGGAAACCAAUAAAAACUUUGACGAUCGUGAUAAUUCAGAAACAAGUAAUAAAUGGCUUCUACCGAGAAUGUCUAAGAAAACUACAAAAGAAAUCAAUGGGUUCAGUGCGAAUAUUUCGUCAGUCAGUAGAUUAAGUUUUCAAGCUGCGCCUUACUCUUUACUUGUACAAUCGUUAAUUAAGCAACUAUGCCAGUUCAUUGAAACAGAUGAUAGUAAGUCCAAACAACUUUAUAACAAAAUCUGCGAGAAACUUUACAAGAUGAACUUCAUUGACCAAAGCUACGAAAGAUCAGAAUUCGAGAACAUUCGAAUGUCAUACGAACUGGCCUUGAAGCAGUUAGUUGAAGCAACACGAGGAAACACUUUAAAUCUAAAGGAACUUGAAAUCUGGCCACUUACUUAUGACAACCCACAAACAGCAUUAGAGUGGAGUCGUUACCAUCGAGAUUUUCAAGAAAUCGCAAAGAUUGGUGAAGGAGGAUUUGGCGAUGUUUGGAAAUCAAAACAUAAACUUGAUUGCAUUGAAUACGCCGUUAAAAAGAUUCGUGUGAAGGCAAAAUCAGUGAAAAAUAUUCUGAAUCAUUUGGGAGAAGUUAAGACAUUUGCAUCGUUGAAUCAUGUCAACAUCGUUCCAUACAAAUCUUGUUGGUUUGAACCGCUGAUUUCUUAUCAAUACGACGAUAAUGCGAUUGAAGCUCCGCCAUCAUCAUCAUCAACAGAUGAAAGUUCAUUUGCUGAAGAAAGCAAUAAUACCAGAAGUUUCCUUAAGACAGACUCUUUAAGAUUAAAAAGUGACAGUUUCACGAUUGAGUUUCAACACAGUCAAGAACAAAAUUUUCAAGAAAGUUCAAUUUCAACUGUUGAAAGUAUGUCAAAAAUGGAAAAGAUUCGACAACUUAAAAAAGCAAAUGGUGCCAAUACUCCACACAUUAAACUUACUUGGGCGGUUCUUUACAUCCAAAUGAAGCUUUGUCAAAAGACUUUACGUAAUUUCCUUGAUGAAAGAAAUGAACAUGAAGAGUUUCAUGAGUUUUAUAAGAAAUUAUCAGUUUCCAAAAGCGAUGAAGAAAGGAAUCAUCAACUGAUCUCACUGGGAAUGUUUCAUCAGAUCUGUAAUGGAUUAGAAUAUAUUCACAAUAAAGGAAUCGUUCAUCAUGACAUUAAACCCUCGAAUAUAUUCAUUUCAAAUGAAGAUGGUGACGUUCUCACUCUGCAACUCGGUGAUUUUGGACUUGCUUGCCCGUUGGAGAAUGAAGACAAAGCUGAAGUUCGUCACAAUGGUUUUGGGACGAGACUUUAUGCAGCGCCUGAACAGUUGGAAGGAAAAUGUUGUAAAAUGUCAGACAUUUACAGUUUGGGUGUUGUGCUGAUUGAGUUACUGUCAAAAUGUAUCACAGUCAUGGAAUGUUUUAAAAAAGUCGAAAAAAUGAGAAAAGGAGAAAAUGUUUCCGAUAUUGAUUUGGAAUCUUGUGACUUAAUUAAGAAAUUGUUAAACCAUCGUUCAGAUAGACGUGCCAAGAUUGUUGAGCUCAAACAAAUAAUAGAACUGAGGCUGCAAUCGCCAGUGAACGAAGUUGAUCGAUUACGUAAAGUCAUCGUUGAGAAAGAUGACGAACUUGAGAAGAAAGACCAGCAAAUAUUUCAGUUAAUGAACGAAAUUUCAGAAUUACGUCGACAAUUUUCUUGUGAGUGAAGAAAGACUGAAAUAAAGAAAUUUAUUAGG